ACAACCUGCCGAACAACAGUAAUAAACAGCUGAGGGAGAAUUAAAUGGAAACCGAGAAUAGAAUAUUACUAUUACAGACAGUACUUGACUGAAUGUGGUUAUUUUCUACUUCAAGGGACUGGUCCACAUAUGGUUUACUAAAUUUAGAGAGGAUUAAUUUUUUUAUAUUUUUUUUUGUGGCGUCGAAGCUGACAUGUUUUGCUCGCAGUCAGUACUGAGCCCUCACUCCUUCCUAGUGCGCCUGCGCUCCCUCUUAUCUUCCUCUCUCCCUCAGUCGGAGUGGCUCUAUUCUCUACCUGACAGCUCUUCUGAAGACAUUCACAGAACCAAGCCCCGGGCUUGUCACUAGCAGAGAAAAAGAGCCGCGCAGGUCCGGGUAUCGGGAGUCUGGGCUGGGUACUAACCGGCUGUUUCCUGAGCGUCAAGCCACGCACAGCGGCAUGGAGCGCUCCUGAUCCCUGCAGGAGAGCUCAGCCAUUCUGCCCUCGUCACGUCUUGGAUCUGUUUGGAUAUUUGGAGGCCUGACCAUGUCUACGAGAGAGAAGGGGAUCCUGACCAAAGACAGUGUCAGCCUGCUGCCCUGUUUUUAUUUUGUGGAGCUGCCCAUCCUGGUCUCGUCUAUGGUCAGUCUGUACUUUCUGGAGUGGACAGAUGUGUUCAAGCCAGUGAGGUCUGGCUUCAACUGCCACGACCGCAGCCUGAGCCUUCCCUACAUCGACCCCAAUCACGAGGUGAUCCCCCUGCUGAUGCUGCUCAGCCUGGCCUUCGCUGGACCCGCCAUCACAAUAAUGAUCGGAGAGGCCAUCCUGUUCUGCUGUCUUUCUCGGAGGAAGAGUGGUGCCGGGGCCGAGGCCAACAUCAAUGCUGCUGGCUGCAACUUCAACUCCUUCAUCCGCAGAGCCGUCCGCUUCGUUGGCGUUCAUGCCUUCGGUCUUUGUGCCACGGCCCUCAUCACCGACGUCCUCCAACUGAUGACAGGUUACCCAACACCCUACUUCCUUACUGUGUGUAAACCCAACUACACCACGCUCAAUGUCAGCUGUGAGCAGAACCCCUACGUCAUGGAGGAUAUCUGCUCAGGGGCUGACCCUGCAGCCAUCAACCAGGGCAGAAAAUCCUUUCCGUCGCAGCACGCUACUCUUGCAUCCUUUGCAGCCGUCUAUGUUUCGAUGUACUUCAACAGCACGUUGACGGACUCAUCCAAGCUUCUCAAGCCCCUGCUGGUCUUCUCCUUCAUUAUCUGUGCCAUCAUUUGUGGUCUGACCCGGAUUAUUCAGUACAAGAACCACGCCAUUGACGUCUACCUGGGCUUCCUACUUGGAGGAGCUAUUGCUGUCUACCUGGGGUUGUAUGCAGUUGGAAAUUUUCAGCCUAGUGAGGACGCCUGUGCCAACCCCCCUUCACUGCUACACCGCCCCCCCUGCUCCUUGCCACACAUAAGCCAAGAGGCCAUACUCCACCACCUGCAAAUGAAAGCUACCGUGACCGGGGAGCCUGGCAUACCCACCUCCCACUCCGAGGGCCUCCUCCACCGAGGCCUUCAACAGCAGAGACCUAAUGAGAGUCUGAAGUGCUCCAGUGCAGAUGUGGAAGUGAUCUCCCCCCGCAGCCCUCAGAGCAAAGAUGCCAUAAUGACAUUUAGCCACACACUUCCUCGGGUCCACACCCCACAGGCCAUGGCAGCUUAUGAGGAAGCAGCCAGACGUCACGCUGCCACUCUCCACCAUGCCUCCAUGGACUCCAGCCGCUCAAAGCAGCUUCUGUCUCAGUGGAAAAGUAAGAACAACAAUCACAAAUGCUCCCUGCAGGUCCCAGACUCCUUCUCCUCCUCUAUAGACUCGUCAUCUGGCCAGUCCUCCCAGCAUCCGCACCACCAUGGCAGCAUGGAGCUCCGAUCCAGCUCUGAGCCAUCAGCUAUGGGCCUAAAUGGAGGCUUUGAGGGUCAUGCGUACAUGUCCAAACUGGCCACAGGUGCUAGUACCACCCUGCCCAGUAACUGUAGUGGCAUCACCGGAGGGGCCAGGAUAUCCAUGCAAUCUAGACCUGGGUCUUCACAGCUGGUCCACAUACCAGAAGAAGCUCAUGAGAAUUACAACACCACCUCCCCAAGGACGGGGGGAGGAGGAGGGAGUGAAGGGAUGUCAACAUUAAACAGCACAGUUCAGGCUAACUGGCAAAGGGCAGCAGAGAAGACUGCAGCCUGCAGGACUAAUGAUAAUGGGCAGAACACGCAGCCCCGAAUCAUGCAAGUGAUUGCUAUGUCCAAGCAGCAGAGCCUGCUACAGAUACAUUCCAAGAGCUUAGAUGAGAGCAGCAUUGGGUGCAGCACCACCGGGAGUGGCCAGGGCUCUGCUCGCUACAGGGUGCUAACCGAUCAGGACCCCACUAGCACCACAGGGCCCAGCUCACUGGGUAGUACCACAGGCAGUAUUUCAGGGAGCACGGGAGCAAUUGUCAGAGUAGAGGCUCACCCUGGAAACAACAGGCCUGUGAUCCAAGCUCCGUCUACAGAUGGAAGUGGAUCAUGGAGGUGGCGAUCCCUCGAUCAUGGAACUGGAGCUGGUGGAGGACCAGGGACUAGUGGAGCAGGAGGAGAAUCAGGAGGAGGAGGUGGGAGUUUGAGGCAGUCCUUUGAGCUAAAUGAUCUAAACAGAGACUCAGAAUGUUCAGAUUCGAUACGUGAAGGGUCGAUUGACAGAAAGCGUGCUAAUCACAUUGUUACAACCACUGCCACCGUCAGCACCCCACCCAUAGUUACUGUUCACACCCAGAACACCAACCAGUCAGAGCAGAGGCUUCAUCCCCAGGGCCUCUCUACCAUAAGGGUCACUCCGGGGGAUGGUAGUGGUUCUGGAUCUGGAGGAGGAGGUGGUGGAGGAGGUGGAGAGACGGCUUCGGAAACCCCCUCGGUCGCCUCCAGUCGUGAGUCCACACUGCGGAGGAAAGGCAAUAAUAUCAUCCUGAUUCCAGAGAGAGCCAACAGCCCUGAUAACGCACGGAACAUUUUCUACAAGGGAACAUCGAUAACUCCAGUUUUCAAGGACUAAUGUACUAAAUGACCGGAGACUUCUGAGAAGAUGUAGCUAAUAAUGUAAGACAGCUGGAUUUUCAGUGAACCCCAUAUCUGUGAUAACAGUCAUUAUUGCCUGCCAUUGUAUAUAUCAUGAUAACUUCAAAAGAAAAGGUUUUAUUCAGCAUGAGAUUUUUGUACGUGUUUACACUAAAUCACAACCUUUUAAGUAUAAUAAUCACUGUGUACUCCUGAGGAAAUCUAUCGUAAUGUCAAUGCUGUGCCAGUGCUUUGGGGACAGGAGAACCUUUUUUAAACAGUUCCAUAUGUUUUAGAUAUAAAUCAUCACAAAAUAGAAAAAAGUGAAUAGCACAGUAACGUAGCAAGCUACAGCAAAAAUAAUUAUGUCAUAGCUGUGAAACCAGUGUUUCCUUCCCAAUCCUUCCCUGCACUGUAAAUAUUGUGUAUGUUUAAAAGGGUGCUACACCAGAUAAUACUAUUUACUAUACAACAUACUGUAUACUUUGAAUAGAUAAAGAAUUAAUUAUUUUACAAAGAGUGAAUAACAAUGAUAUUAAUAUGUGACAGAGAUAUGUUUUGUAUUUUGUCUCUUUUCUGUACAGAUACCACAUAAUCAACGGAAUACUGUUUUGAACCAUAAGUGUGCUUAGCAUUCCUUCUGUAGCUAUGAAGUCAAAUAUGCUGUGACUUGCACUGAAAUAUGCGUUUACUGUACCUUGUAUACUGUAAACCCUGACCUUACUAUCUAUAUCCUGUACUUAGAUUUCGUUGUCCAUGUCAAUCCCAUUACCUACAGCACACAAAAAGCAGCAAAACAGCGGAAUAUUAUGCUUCUUUAUACCAUAAGGUACAUUUCCAAAACUCAAUGCUAAACUUGAACUCAAGUUUCCCAACUGAAUUUGGCAUGUUUCAAUGUGUUUAAAAGCUGUCUUUGUAGCUUUCAAAUUAACAUUUUAAAAAAUACACUUGCUGCUGUCUAAUCCACAGCUGAACAUUAACAUUAGUCAUCGAGUGGGGUAGUUAUUUCAGAGGUGUCCGGGUUUCUGAAAUAAAAAACAUGUCUUUGCAUGUAUGCAUUUUUGCAUUGACACGGUUAGGUGAAUCGCAGUUGGCGCUCUUCCAAGGAUUGGAUGGGCAUGCAACUCUUCCAAUUAAACCACAAAAGAUGAACAAAUGCCAUACCACACCAAAAAGAAAAAUGUAAUUUCUCAUAAACAAAGUUGAAAUAAUUAAAACUGAUGCCCAAAACAUACCCUUACAGCAUUGUCACAGUAUCCAGGAGCCUCCCAUUUUUCUAUGUUGAGGAACGUUGAGGAUGUGAAUAAACAAACAUUUAUAAACAGCAAUGUACAGUAGGGAAAGAAUAACCUUGCAACUCUUUGUUGAGUUUUAUAGGGCUGUACUGAAUAGUUCAAAGUUUGAAGCUUCAAAGCAUCGUUCUUAACGUUGACAUUCAAAUGACAAAUCAACAUUUGAAUGCUGUGCAGCUGUCUCUGGCCCCAUCCACACUACUGAGUUUUCGUUUUAGAACGCAGACCUUUUGCUACGUUUGCACCUCCCGUCCAGACUAAAAUGGCGAAAACGGAGACCUAAAACGGAGAGGUUUGAAAUCGCCAUAAAUCAAUAAGAAAAUAACUUUUUGUUUCUCUGAUUCACUAGUUUUCUAAUGUACUUCACUCUCUUGACAAAAGAGACUAACUAAUUUAAUCUGAUGAAUCACUUAAUUCACAAUGAGAAUUUUAGUUCCGAUGACGACAGACAUUCAAAGCUCGAUUUAAAAACCACAAUGGAAGCUUCAGAAGUAAAAAAAAAUGACAUUCGGUACAGCCCUGGAGUUUUAUCUCAGUAUUAGCAACAGAGAUAGUUGGUCAGGGAUGGGUUUAGCUUAGCUUAGUACAAAGAUCUAGCUGCCUGUAGUAUAGGAGAUGUUGGUCCAAAAAUUGUUUUAAAGUUAUACCAAAAGUACAGCAAUAUCUUAUUUUCUGUUUCUAUUCAUGUUGCUUUGUCAUGAUACAAACAUUGUUGAAAGGUAUUUUUCCCUUUUGGUAAGAGGCUACCAAUCCCCCCUUCUUCCAGUCUUUCUGCUAAGCUAGGCUAAAUAUAUCCAGGACCUAAUUCUUUAUUGGACGCAGUGCUCGAGAUGAAACUGAUCUUCUUGUCUGACUCUGGUUUCAGACAACAAUCACAUUUCCCAAAAUGUUGCAAUGUAUCUUUAAUUUUCUUUUUCUUACAACAAGCAGAGCGUUCUGUAAAGCACGGUGCUCACCAUAGUAGCAAAAAUGAUUUGUUGAUUUGUUGAAGCCCACUUUUAAAGGUACUACAUGUAGCAUUUUUUGACAAGAUUUUACAAUAUUGCUGUUAAAUUGUAAUACCUCAGAAUAAGUCUCAUCAUCAAAUUAAAACCUUUUGGCUUUCUGGCUGAAUAGAAUGCUCAUGUAACAGAUGAUUUUUGCUGGGUUUAGCCCUCCACCGUCUCCUAUAUGCACUUGAAGAACAACAGCUUAGUCAAGCUUUGUGCUGUAAUUUCCUUUUCUGCUUUAAAGCAACCAGCAGAUUCUUACCAAAUCCAACCUAGUGUCAACUCAAAUGCUAUGUGAGGCCGGUAGAUGCUGCCAGUUCUCUCAGCAACUUUCUGGUUGAUGAAAAAAGGAACAUAUUUAUUUGAGACAACUCCUAUCACCAUAAACAAUAAUCAACAAUUAUUUGUCUCAAAUAUAUAUGUUUCUUUUUAAAAAAAUUUUAACAUUAAUAUAGUAUACUAACAGGUUGGCAGAGACAGCUAAACGAGGACUGUUUCUCAGUUGAGGAAUUACAAAAUAUGUUGUUUACAGUAGUUUACAUUAUGGUGCAUAUCAUUAAUUAGUAUCUCAGUGAUUAAAUAAGCACCCACUGUAUAGAAAUGGCACCAAUUGUCGUUUGAAAAUAUUUUGCCAGGGUGACUAUUUGAGAAAAUUUGCCAAAGCUAGUAAUGUUCAUUGGAAAAGAAUAUAAAUCAUCAGAUGUAAUUUUCAGUAUUUGUAUAGAAAGCCUGCAUUUGCGUAUUGUACAUGAUUUAUUCUAUUCCACAGUAACAUUUGCAUGGUCACUUUUAUAUAGUGCAUAUCACAAGAUUUUUUAUCAGAAAUGUGCUUUUAUUUUGAAAUUACAGGUGUGUUUAACAGUAUGUUGUGUUUCACAGUGAGUCCUAUGACAAUCUUUUUUAUCUAAGUACUGUUGCCCCUUUAAAGCCCCCCUCCAGUGUAUUUUGACAUUUCUAUGAUAUUUCAUAUUUUUCUGAGUCAUUUCCUUACAAUGUUGAUUACCCACA